GAAAUUCUCAUUAAUCAUUUACUUGAAAUGACUUUUACUUUUUCCUGUGAACAACCUAACAACAACACCUAAAUAUCUCAACAAAAUUAUUUAUUUACUCUCUAAAUAAAAAAAAGUAACAAAUUAGUACGUACUCAUCGCUAAGGUAAAACAAUACGUUGAAAUCGUAUAUAACCCUUUUUUUUAUCACCGUUGAUUCAAAUCCACGUAGACUAAUCAUAUCAAUUGAUUUUACUAUUUGGGACCCACUCUUGCUGACGUCAUUCAUUAUUUAUAAAGCAACGAAGCUCUGUUUCUUUUUUUCUCUGUGGAAAAAAAAAAAUAAGAAGAUCAGUUCUUAGUAGUAAAGUGAUUAUGGCACAAAAUGGCACUGAGUUGGAGAACGAUAUUUUACCGUUUAAACGAUUCGACGUCGUUUCGAACGACUCUGAUCAUUACUACGCAAAACGAAAAAAUAAGGCAAAGAAGAACGACGUCGUUUCGGCUGGUGGUAGCGGUGCCGCCGUGGUGGCCACCGGAGAAGAUAAUCACGAUGAUGAUAGCUCAUCCAUGAACGACUGUGCUUCGGCUACAGUGAGUCAGGUACAUAAAAAGAUUAUGAAAGAGUGGAGAAUCUUAGAGAGGAAUCUUCCCGAUUCUAUCUAUGUGAGGGUUUACGAGAACAGAAUCGAUCUACUCAGAGCUGUGAUCGUCGGCGCCGCUGGUACACCGUAUCACGAUGGACUCUACUUUUUCGAUCUCGCUUUUCCUUCUGAUUAUCCUGCUCGACCUCCCAAGGUACACUAUCGUUCUUACGGGCUGAGGCUUAAUCCCAAUUUGUACGCGAACGGUACGGUCUGCUUGAGUUUGCUUAACACUUGGUCAGGGAAGACGACGGAGCGGUGGAAUCCGGCGGAAUCGACGGUUUUACAGGUUCUGGUUUCGAUUCAAGCUCUGGUACUGAACGAGAGACCGUAUUUCAACGAACCAGGAACUGGAUUGUUCGGUCAAGCUAGGUGGGAGAAGUAUUCAAGGGAUUACAACAGAGAUGUUUUUCUCUUGUGCUGCAAAACUACGAUUCAUUCGAUUCGAAAUCCGCCGAAGCAUUUCGAGGAAUUCGUCGCCGCGCAUUAUCGAGAGAGAGCCAAGGUUUUUCUGGGCGCGUGUAGAGCUUACGCGAAUGGACGCGUGAGAAUCGGGUACUAUAGGGAUGGUGAUGAAAACGACGUCGUUUCGGAAGAGAUCUACGUAUCGAAAAAGUUCGUUGGGACGAUGAAGCUGAUUUAUUAUCAACUGGUGACGAGUUUUUUGAAGGUUGGAGCUACCGGCAUCGGCGGGCAUCAGUUGAAGUUGGUGAAGAAAACGACGUCGUUUGAGGUGGAAAGUAAUGGGAAGAAUCAGAAGAAGAAGGCCUUUGUUGAGAAGCUUGUUACGACAAUCAAAAGGGUUUUUAGAUUGGUAAACAAGAAAAGUGGCAAAAAUAGCAAUAAUAAUGCUAUUUCUGUGUAAGUAAUAGAAGUUAGAACAAAGUUAGGGACCUGUUUGCAAAAUUGUCUUAUUCUCUUUAAGGGGGUAGUAGCAAAGUCUUAUUUUAAUUUUCUUAGGGUUUCUUUUUUCCUUUUUCUUUUUUUGAUUUAGGAUAGUUUGGUUCUCUGUUUUCAAUAAUUGCAUAUAAUGUUAUUUGUUAGUACGUUACUAGACAUAUAUGAUUUUAAUUUUAUUUUUAAUCCUAAAGUAAGAAUUAAUCUACAUGAUAAAA